CGCCAGGCCCUGGUGACUUACGGGGACUACGCCUGGGUCUAUUACCGCUUGGCCAACUACGAGAUGGUGGAGCUCUACCUGGGCCGGGUGCGUCAGGUCUGCCGGUCCCUGUUCAGCCCGGAGCCGUACUCGGCGCAGAUCCCCGAGGUCCACGCGCAGAAAGGCUGGUCCCUCCUGGCUUUCGGUCUUCGGCACGGGGAAGAGGCCGAGAAGUGCUUCCAAAUGGCCCUGAGAGGAGACGCGUCCAACCAGGAGUUCCAGGCCGGCCUGGCGAUCUCCGCCUUUGCCC